AUGCCUAAGGUUUCUGUAAUUUUCUGUUUCUUCAUUUUAUUAUUUGGAAUUUCUGUCAAUGGUGUAGAGGAAGAGGUUAAGAGCUAUGAGCUCAAGAAAGAUGAUUUCUCUGUAAAAUUUACAAAUUUUGGUGCAAGAAUAAUUUCUGUUAUUCUUCCCGACAGGAAUGGUAAACUGGGAGAUGUUGUUCUUGGUUAUGAUACACUUGAAGAAUAUGUGAAUGAUGUUCAAUACUUUGGAGCCAUUGUUGGACGGGUUGCUAACCGCAUUAGUAAUGCUCAGUUUACUCUAAAUGGAACUGUAUAUAAGCUGGAUGCUAAUGAAAAGAAUAACACUCUUCAUGGUGGGGUAAAGGGAUUUAGCCAAGUUAUUUGGAAGGUGGAAGAGUACGAGAAUUGUGGCCAAUCUCCUUCCAUUACCUUAUCCUAUCAGAGUUACGAUGGUGAAGAAGGAUUUCCUGGUGAUCUUAGUGUCUCAGUAACCUAUACCCUAAGCGGUUCCUACAAUUUGAGUGUAGCAAUGAAGGCAGAAGCUUUGAACAAGGCCACUCCGGUUAACCUUGCUCAACACAGCUACUGGAACCUUGGUGGUCAUAACAGUGGCACUAUCUUGUAUGAUGAACUUCAAUUAUUUGCGUCUCACAUCACGCCUGUAAACAAAAGCAUCCCCACUGGUGAAAAGGUAUCAGUUAAAAAUACACCAUACGAUUUCCUCAAAUCCCACGAAAUUGGAGGCCAGAUAGCACAAAUUAAAGGUGGUUAUGAUACCAAUUAUGUCCUUGAUGGUCCCACAGAGAAAAAGAUGAAGCCAGUAGCUGUGGUUUAUAGCAGGAAGUCUGGACGGGUAAUGCAAUUAUCAUCUGAUGCUCCUGCUGUGCAGUUGUAUACCGCGAACUAUAUGAACCACGUGAAGGGAAAAGAUGGCUUUAUUUAUCUUCCAUAUGCAGCGGUUUGUUUAGAGACACAAGGGUUUCCAGAUGCAGUGAAUCACCCCAAUUUUCCCUCACAAGUUGUUACUCCGGGAAUGACUUAUUCACAUAACAUGCUGUAUACAUUCUCCCUCAUGAAAAGCAGAAGUGUAACUCGUCCAUUUUUAGACCUGAUAAAUAACAGGAAUGUAUAG